AUGCACUCACACCAUUCACAUAGUGGUGAUUACAUUUCGCAUGCUCAUGAUCCUUUAGAACAUAUGGUCCAAAGCUACAUUGAUCGUGGUUUUGAGGUUCUUUGUCUCACAGAGCACAUGCCAAGAUUAGACCAGGCUUACCUAUAUCCAGAGGAAAAAGAAAAGGGCUACGGAAUUAAAGAAUUAGUGGAUGAUUUCAGCAAGUACUUGGUACACGCAAAGAAGGUGCAGUCAAAGUACCAAGAUAAGAUUAAAAUCAUUAUCGGAUUCGAGGUCGAGGGAAUUGAUGAGGCCCACGUGGGCUACUCCGCUGAUAUACUCCAGAACCCACUGAUACAAAUGAGCGUUGGGUCGGUGCAUUACGUACAUGGGAUACCUAUAGAUUUUUCCAAAGAGUUAUGGGUAAAGGCAAAAGCAGCAAGUAAAGGCGGUUUGACGAGAUCUUUAUACAAAGACUAUUUCGAAUUGGUGUCUAAGGUGAUUGACUUAAAGCCACAAGUGAUUGGUCAUUUCGAUUUAAUUCGUCUCUGUCAACCUGAGGAUGAUUUCGAUGAGUCAACAAACAAACUUACCAAAGAUAUAAGGAUUCAAACUGACUGGCCCGAGGUUUGGGAAGUGAUAAUCUCCACUAUUGAAAAAGCCGGUAGUUACGGCGCAAUGUUUGAGCUCAAUUCGGCAGCCAUUAGAAAAGGCUGGGAUUGUCCUUAUCCAAAGAGUGACCUCGUGCAAGCUGUUAUCGAGUAUGGUGGUGGUCGAUUUUGCCUAUCUGAUGAUGCCCACUCAAUAAACCAAAUUGGUCUCAAUUACAAAAAAACGCUACAAUACCUCAAAGACCAUGACGUUUCAAAAUUAUACCACCUUGAUGUGAAAGAUGGAGAGGUCGUUACAGUUGCCGAUGAUAUAGAGGAUAUAGAGACAUCUAAAUUUUGGAGUGUGUAA